AUGAAGGAAAAAAAUCUAAUAGGUAUCUUGAAGUGGGGCUGUUUGGCCACGAAUGUGAUGGUUUUUAUAUUUGGGCUGUGUUUGGCUAUAAUGGGUGCGUUAUUGUAUAAUGUACGAACUUACCCAGACUCAAAUGGACCUGUUAUUUAUGUGACGUUUGGAGUUUUUGUGAUGGUGAUCUCAGGAAUAUUGAUUGUGGGUGUUAUUCUGAAUAACAACAUUAUCCUAUUUGUGUUUUCAACCUUAACCAUUGCCUUGUGUAUUGCUAAUGUGGUCAUAUUCAUCAUUGUUACGCAACAAUGGAUGUCUCUAAAGUACUCGAAUGAAACCAACAAUACCUUACGAGGGCAUUUUCAAAAUGUUGAAAAUGCAACAAGCGAAAAGUUCGUUAUGAAAAUUCAGCAGGAUUUUAAGUGCUGCGGUUUGGAUGGUCCUGAGGAUUGGUUUGAAAGUAUAGCAAACCACACUUUGAAAGAUCAAAAAUUUUCUGCUGUUGGCGAUGCCUGUCGAUAUGAUAAAAGUGAUUGCAAGAAAUUGGAGGUGUUUGAGGAAGGUUGUUUUAAAAAAGUGUAUGUUUACGUUGAAAGCCUUCUGUAUGCUUGUGAAAUAAUUUUGAUAAUUUCCACACUUUUUCAAGUGUUUGCCGUGGUGGUUUGUAUAACUUACGCUGUUUUGGAUAAAUGGAACAUAGUUGUUCUCUACGUUUUAUAA